GAAUUCCAGUUCCAAGUAUUAAUUAAAAACAUUCCAAGCAUGUCAAAACUGGUCUUAUGAUCGUCUUAUGAUAUAACGACACGUCAUCAGACUAUCUUCUUUCAUUAUCAACAGCUGCAAGGCAAGGUCUUUAUACAAUCUGUCUUUCUAACAACAAUAUCAAAAACAUAGCAAACGUUUUCUCCAGCCUGUUUGGAAGAGAAAUGGCGAGGCGAGAUUCAUUCGGUGGAUAUGAAGAAGAACGGUUUGAAAACAAAGUCGAUAUUAAACUGCAGUGCUCUAUUUGUCUCAAGGUCUUAAAAGAUCCAGUACAAUGCCCGAAUGAACACUACUUCUGCCGCUCGUGUAUUCAAAAGUGUUUGCACGAAAACUCCGAAACUUGCCCUGUGUGUCAACACCAUCUGACGGAAGAAACCUUAACCAAACCACCGAGAAUUUUGACGGAAUUGUUGCAGAGUCUCAUGAUUCGUUGUGAUCACGAAAACCGUGGCUGUCGAGAGUUGGUCAAGCUUGAAUUUCUUGAGCGACAUGUCAACAGCUGUGGCUAUUCACCAACGCGUUGUACAAACGCUGGUUGUACAAUGGUCAUGAACCGACACGAGAAAGAACGACACGAACGUGAACAGUGUCAGUUUCGUAAGAUCGUUUGCGACGAGUGUAGAGAACAAGUAAUAUGGAAGUCAAGUCGUGUACACCCGUGCUUCAUGCGAAAAGAAAUGGACGAUUUAGUGAGAAGAUUGAACGUUUUUCAAAAUGAUAUGAGGGACGUCAAGGAUGAUGUGAGGGACGUCAAGGAUGAUGUGAGGGAAGUCAAGGAUGAAGUAAAGCAAGUAAAGUUGACUCAAGAGGAAAUGGCAUAUCUUACAAAAGAAGCAACCGAAAGAUACAAUUUAGUUACGGGCAGACAGAAGAUUUUCGUUUGUGGAGGGUGGGAUGGUAAGACUGUCAUUAAUUCUGUAGAGUCAUACAGCUGGCCCGAGAAUUCCUGGACAUUGGAACCAGCAAUGAAGGAGGCACGAUCAAGCCCUUCAGCAUUGGUCCAUGGUCGUGAAAUAUACGUCAGUGGCGGCAUCAUUGGAACCAAGAACACUGACAGUGUUGAAAGCUUCAAUGUUGACGAAGAAGAUUUAGAAUGGAUAAAGUCUCCUGUCAAGAUGCCACUGAAGUGUCAUGGACACACAAUGGUUUGUCACGAGAACAGUGCUAUUUUAACUGGUGGAAUUAGUAACGAUGACAAUGUUUCAGAUGGGAUUUACGAAAUCAGUCUAAAUCCUCCCCAUGACACGACAUUACUGACCCAGAUGGCAGAGCCAAGAACUCGGCAUAGUUGUGAGAUGAUUGACAACCAGGUGAUAGUGGCUGGAGGAAUGGCAUCAAAAUACGUCAAGGACACUAAAAACACUGUGUACGUAUAUGACCUGAACAAUAAUGAAUGUAAAACCUUACCACCACUGCCAUUUGCUAUUUCUGAUAUGGCUAGUGUUAGUUAUAAAGGUAAUGUAAUUUUGAUCGGAGGUGUUAAUGAGAAAGGUCAAACAUUAAACAGUGCAGUAAUGUAUGAUGUAAAAACAGAAAAAAUUAAAAUGUUACCUUGCCUUAAUCAUAGAAGAGUAGGAAGUGCAGCAGUUAUCACUGGCAAUGUUAUCAUUGUUAUGGGCGGAUAUGAUCAUGACACGAAAACAUUUCUCAAUUCUGUAGAGUGUUUAGAUUUAAGUAGCAAUAUAUGGAGAGAACUGUCACCAAUGAAAACUAAUCGAGGUGGUGCAACUGCAGUUGUGAGUCCAUUAUCUUAGAAUGUAUUUAAUUUUAAUUAAUUGUUAUAAUGUAACCAAAUCCUUAAUAAUAAAUCUAUCACUUAAAAUCAC